AAUACCACCGUGAAAAUGCUUGUUCUGUUUUCCAGUGAUAGAUUUGUGAAUGCCACGACCUAAUAGGACAGUGGAGUGACAAGAUAUGAUCAUGAGGUCGUUAGAAGCUUGUAGCCUUUGGACUUUGGACUGUCAAAGUGCCCCUUGUACAAGCAAAACAUUCUGAGCAAACAUCUCACAUGACAGGGUGUCAGGCUUGACUGUAAGACAGGUUUUACACACUGCGCAAGUCUUCAGGUGAACUACAACUCCUUAAAGAUGGUGUGGGUGGAGGUUGCCAUGGCGAUGAGUGUUCUGGGUGUUCUGGCGUACCUGCGGUACACACCUGUCCCACCUGAAGGCGUCUCCGAAAGGGAAAAGCGGAAAGUCGCGAUUCGCAUGAAGACAAUUCUCGUGGACAUGGGAGCAGUGCUGGAGUUCUUCGGUUUGACAACUAUCGUCCACUUUCUACGGGCAGUUUGGAAGUACAUGUCCCGACACCAAGAAGCCAUAUUGACUGUUCCAGAGUCACUCCUGAAGGUCACGGAGACGACCUUCGAUGGAGUCAAGGUCAUGGUGUUAGAACCACAGUCUGCAGAGAAGCGGAGCGCCGUCCCAGGACUGGUUUACAUCCACGGUGGGGCGUUUUGUUUUGGCAGUGCAGCUAGUUGCUUCCACAUCACAUCCCAUCUUGCCUUAGAGCUGGGUGCUGUGGUCGUCUCAGUCGACUACCGUCUUGCACCGGAGCACAAGUUCCCGGCUGGGCUGAACGACUGUGUGAUGGCAACCAAGUAUUUCCUUAGACACGCCCAGAAGUACAACGUGGACCCCGCUCGUGUUGGGAUCGCUGGCGAAAGUGCCGGGGGGAGCCUUUCAGCGGUGGUCGCAUUGAAACUGGGGCAGGAAAGACAGAAUCCUGGUCUGAAACUCCAGGUCCUCCUGUACCCCUCAACGCAGGGUCUCGUGCUCACAGCAUCCACCUACAAGUACGGCCCGUGUGAGGUUCAGUCCGUAUGGGAGGCAGCCUACAUCACCUCUCUCUAUCUGUACGGCAACAGGUCGAAGAUCGACCUCGUACUUGCGAACCCUUACCCAGCCAAGCUGGAGGGUACCCACUACAUGAACUUCCUUGAUCCUUCCCUAGUGGACCCUGCCCUCCCCCCUCUCCCCCCAGGGAGACAUGUUAAAAGGGAGGACAUAGCGGCUGGCGACAGUGAUCUUGAGGUGGCUCUGAACCCGCACGUUUCACCUCUCCUUGCUGAAGAAGAGGACAUAAGGGGUCUCCCACCUACGUUCAUCACAGCCAUGGAGUACGACAUAAUCCGAGACCAUGCUAUUUUCUACGCCAAGCGUCUUGAGCGAGCUGGAGUCAAGGUGAAGAUGUUACACUACAAGACCGGCUACCACGGUCAGUUCCAGGACUUCAGGUGGUCUGAGGCGGGCAGGGGCAUGAUGGAGGACGUCUUGUCCUACCUGAAGGAGAAUCUGUGAUACUUAGACUUUAUUCGGAUUGUAAACAAUACAAUACAAGUGGGUCACAGGCUACCCUGGGUGCCAGACCGGACCGGGCAGCCAGCUAGUUACAGUAAAUGCAUUUAAGUUUGUAGGGAACUAGGGAUUCAAUUUUUUGGUAGCAGGGAAAAUGACUUUUUGCGAUGGUUUUAAUUCGCGGUAGCACCUGGAUGAUGCACUGUAGUC